CCCAGGAGCGGACCGGACCGUCAGACCCCAGGGACGUCCAGCCGGAUCUCCAAGCAGGAUGACUUUGGGAAUCUUUGCAAAUUGUAUAUUCUGCUUGAAAGUCAAAUACUUACCUCGUCAACAGAAGAAAAAACUGCAAACUGAUAUUAAGGAAAAUGGUGGAAAGUUUUCCUUUCUAUUAAAUCCCCAGUGCACACAUGUAAUCUUAGACAAUGCCGACUCCCUGAAUCGGUAUCAACUGAACUCCAUCCAAAAGAAUGAUGUCCAGAUUGCAAGCCCAGAUUUCAUAUGGGACUCUGUCAAUCAGAGGAGACUCAUGGAUGUGACAAAUUAUGAUCCCAAGUCACUGGUUGUCAUGGCACCUCCAGGUGAAAAGAGCUGUGUUGAGGUGGAAGCAGAAGAUGCAUCUUUGGACAACACCCCAGAGAAUGAAAACACCGGAGUCACUCAAGUUUCCUUGGAGAAUGUUGAAAUUCCUCAUUUUCUUCAAGACUUUGAAGUUGUGAAAUAUAAUGUCUUGGAAAAGGUGGGAGCGGACGGAGGCCAGGAGAUCGCAGUAGUAGAGCUGCAGUGCUCCCAGGACCCAGGGGACUGCCCCUUUGUGAUAUCCACGCACUUCCUCCUGGCUGACCCUGUGCAGACUAGAAGAGAGAGCACCGGAAAGCAAACCUCUGAAGGCGCAAGUGAAUAUUAUGAACAUUACAUUGAAGACCUGAAGAAACAAGGAUUUCUGCUUCAAGAACACUUUACCGCUGAAGCAACACAAUUAGCAUCUGAAAAACUGCAAGCACUGCUUUUGGAGGAGGUCAUAAGUUCAGGCACUCUGAGCCGGGAGGUGAGCAAUUUGGUGGAGACGGUCUGGGCAGAAGCUCUGGGACACCUGGAGCACACACUUCUCAAGCCAGUGAACAGCAUAAGCCUGAAUGACGUGAGUAAAGCAGAGGGGGUCCUCCUCCUAGUAAAAUCAGCACUGAAGAAUGGAGGAACAGCGGAGCAGCUGCAGAAGACCAUGGCUGAUUUCUACCGAUUGAUUCCCCACAAACAUCCCGUGUCAGAAGACAUUACCCUGAGGUUGUUAGCUCAGAAAGAGGACCUUUGUCAGCUAGUAAGAGACAUGGUGAAUGUUUGCGAAACUAAUUUAUCCAAACCUAACCCACCAUCUCUUGCCAAAUACCGAGCUUUGAGAUGCAAAAUCGAACAUGUUGAACAGAACACAGAAGAAUUUUCCAGGGUUAGAAAAGAAGUGUUGCAGAGUAGUCACGGUGCAAGUCCAGUAGAUGUCCUGCAGAUAUUUAGAGUUGGCAGAGUGAAUGAAGCCACAGAGUUUUUGAGCAUACUGGGCAACGUGCAGCCCUUGUUUCAUGGAUCUCCUGUGCGGAACAUUCUUGGAAUCUUGUCCCGAGGGCUGCUUUUACCUAAAGUUGUAGAAGACCGUGGCAUGCAAAGGACAGAUGCUGGAAAUCUGGGCAGUGGGAUUUACUUCAGUGACUCAGUCAGUACAAGCAUUAAGUACUCACAUGCAGGGGAGACAGAUGGCUCCAGACUCCUGGUCAUCUGUGAUGUUGCCCUGGGAAAGUGUAUGGACUUAUUCAAGAAGGACUUUUCUUUAACUGAGGCACCACCAGGCUAUGACAGUGUGCAUGGAGUUUCCAAAAUGACCUCUGUCACCACAGACUUUGAGGAUGACGAAUUUGUUGUUUAUAAAACCAAUCAAGUUAAAAUGAAGUACAUUGUUAAAUUUCGCAUUCCUGGAGAUCAGAUAAAGGAUUUCUGUCCUCAUGAAAACACUGAGUUAGAGGAGCACAGAGCUGCGCCUUCAAAUGUUUCAAAGCUUGAAGAUUUCCAGUUACCAGAUAUCAAGCCCCUCACCAACGUCAAAGCUGGCCUUCAGGAUGUUUCUGCAAAUUCUGUCCCUCUUGACAGUGUUCACAUCAAGGGAAGAAUAAUAGACUUUGUAGCUCAGGUCAUUGUUUUUCAGACAUACACAAAUCAAAGUCAAGUGCCUAUUGAGGCAAAAUAUAUCUUUCCUUUGGAUGACAAGGCAGCCGUGUGUGGCUUUGAGGCAUUUAUCAACGGGAAACAUAUAGUAGGAGAGAUAAAGGAGAAGGAGGAAGCCAAGCAGGAAUACAGAGAGGCUAUCAGCCAAGGCCAUGGCGCUUACUUGAUGGACCAGGACACUCCGGAUGUUUUCACUGUGAGUGUUGGAAACUUACCUCCUCGGGCUAAGGUUCUCAUCAAAAUCACCUACAUCACUGAGCUCAGCAUCCAAAGCCCUGUGGCCGUCUUCUUCAUGCCUGCCACUGUAGCACCCUGGCAACAGGACAAGGCUUUGACUGAGAACCUUCAGGACACAGUGGAGAAGGUUUGUAUAAAGGAAAUAGGGACAAAGCAAAGCUUCUCCCUGGCUAUGUCCAUUGAGAUGCCCUACAAGAUUGAAUUCAUUUCCAGUGACACGCAUGAGCUGAGGCAGAAGAGCACAGACUGUAAAGCUGUAAUUAGCACUGCGGAAGGCAGCUCCUUAGACAUCAGUGGAUUUUCUCUCCACAUUGGUUUGUGUGAUGCCUAUCUCCCAAGAAUGUGGGUCGAAAAACAUCCAGAAAAAGAAAGUGAGGCUUGCAUGCUUGUCUUUCAACCGGAUCUUGCGGCCACCCUUCCUGAUCUCCGUGAAAAGAAUGAAGUGAUUAUUUGUCUUGAUUGUUCCAACUCAAUGGAGGGUGUGACAUUCAUGCAAGCCAAGCAAGUUGCCUUGUAUGCUCUGUCUCUGGUGGGUGAGGAGCAAAAAGUAAACAUUAUGCAGUUUGGCACAGGUUACAAGGAGCUAUUUUCAUACCCUAAGUACAUUGCAAACAAUAAAAUGGCCACAGAGUUCAUUAUGUCCUCGGCACCUACCAUGGGGAACACAGACUUCUGGAAAAUUCUCCGCUAUUUAAGUUUCCUGCACCCUUCUGAAGGGUUACGGAACAUUCUCCUCAUAUCUGAUGGGCACCUCCAGAGUGAGAGUCUGACAUUGCAGCUUGUGAAGAGAAAUAUCCAGCACACCAGACUGUUCACCUGUGCUGUUGGUUCUACAGCAAAUCGUCACAUCUUAAGGACCUUGUCUCAGUGUGGUGCUGGAGUAUUUGAAUAUUUUAACUCAAAAUCCAAGCAGAGUUGGAAAAAGCAGAUAGAAGCCCAAUUGACCAGGAUGCGUUCCCCGAGCUGCCACUCUGUCUCUGUGAAGUGGCAGCAGCUCAGCAGAGAUGCUCCUGAGCCUCUGCAGGCUCCAGCCCAGGUGCCCUCCUUGUUUCAUAACGACCGACUCCUCGUCUAUGGGUUCAUUCCUCAUUGUACUCAGGCAACUCUGUGUGCAUUCAUCCAAGAAAAGGAAUUUCAUACAAUGGUGUCAACUACAGAGCUGCAGAAAACUACCGGGACUAUGAUUCACAAGCUGGCAGCUCGAGCACUGAUUAGAGAUUAUGAAGACGGUAUUCUCCAUGACAAUGAAACCAACCAUGAGAUGAAGAAAAAAAUCAUGAAAUCUCUGAUUAUUGAGCUCAGUAAAGAAAAUUCUCUAAUUACACAAUUUACAAGCUUUGUGGCAGUUGAGAAAAGGGACAGUAAUGAGAUUCAUUUUGCUAAUGUCCCAAAUAUUUCUGAACUUGUUGCCAAAGAAGACGUAGACUUUCUGCCAUACAUGAGUUGGCAAGAAGAGCAGCAAGAGGUCUUCACAGCACUGCCCUUACCGGUCUCCUCUGAAGGGAAUGAGAGACAGCCACGGCUACUUUUGACUAAAAAAUGUAAAAAAAAGCAAAAGACAUGUCGUCUAGAACUUUCUGAAGAUUUUGAAGGCAUGAUCCUAGAGCCACAAUCAUUUACAACAGCAGAAUCUUUCAAGGUCCACCUGCAAUCAAAAGAUGUGGAACAGCCAUUGGGUGUGAAUCAGAUGGAGGCCAGGAAAAGAGGGGCACUUAAGAGACUGCAGGCAUCUGGACUACGAAGUGCUCUGCCUGUUUCCCUGGGUUCUUCGGCUUCUGCUGGGUUUUCUUUCCAUUCUCCCUGCAGCUCCCAGUCUGCUUUCUUUUCACCUCCCUGCCACAUUUCUCCUCUUCCUGCCCCUCCCCCUCCCCCUGGUGGCACCCAUCUUCCUCCCCCUCCCCCUGGUGGCACCCAUCUUCCUCCCCCUCCCCCUGGUGGCACCCAUCUUCCCCCCCCUCCCCCUGGUGGCACCCAUCUUCCUCCCCCUCCCCCUCUUCUUGUUGGCAGCCAUCUUCCUCCUCCUCCCAGAGAAUUCAUCCCAUUUAAGUUUGACUCGCCUAAGUUCCGCCGAAGCCCUAAGCCUGUAGGAGGUACCAACAUUUUCCAUGACUCAGAGUCUUCUCCCGGGCAGCCCUUUGUGGGCUUUGGCAGUAUUACUGCUUUACCUAGUUCAGAGGAUUUUGAUCUAGGGAAAGUUUCCCAAGGCCCCAACAUCCGCGUUGUCUCCCCCAAAACCAGUGAGUUAGGUUCUCUUCGUGGGUCACUUUUUUCUGCUUCUUUUAUGCCACCUAUUUGCAGUCCUACUAAGCCACCAUUUGUCCCUCCUCGUCCCACCAAUGUCCUUAGCUCUGAGCAUCCCCAGAGUCCCUUUUCUCUUCCUUUGCUAAGAUCCAAAUUCCUUGGCAUUAGUAGGAUGGAUUCAUGUGAGUCGGCUCUCCCAUUGGCCAGCCCAGCGACAUCAGAUUACACCCUAGACAGGGUUUUGCUUGACUCUUUAGAUGGCAGCUCUUUCAAAACAGAAACGGAUGAAGCAGGAGAAUGUGCAGCAUACAGCAUUUUGGAAAGUAUGGAGAAAACUUCUGUAACAAGUGACGCUUCCUCAGAGGAAGAUGAGGAAUGCAUAGCCUGUGAAGAAAGCUGUCCUGCACCGUGGGCUUCACUCUUUGCUCUACAAACCGAGGAUGGUUUUUGGAAACUGACACCAGAACUAGGACUUAUACUAAAACUUAAUGUAAAUGUUCUACACAAGUUUCUUGAGGAAAAAGGCAUUAGAUCUCUAGGUACAAAAGGAAGAGACUGUCUCCUGGACCUGAUUGCCACACUGCUGGUACUGCAGUUUCUUCGUACCAGGUUGGAAGAAGAAGGAAUGGUUGCCCAAUCACUGCUAAAGAUGGAUGACCCCUUCAUCUCCAGGUAUAUUCCAUGGGCUCUUGAGAACAUAAAGAAAGCAAGUGAAUGGGCCAAAAGGACAGAAGGACAGUAUCCAUCUAUCUGUCAACGGCUUGAGCUGGGUAAAGACUGGGACUCAGCCACAAAGCAACUUCUGGGAAUUCAGCCCCACGCCAACACUUCUCUUCACCGAAUUCUACAUAGUAACCAAGGCUGAAUCCAAUGAAAUUGCAUUUUUAAAUAGUUCUCAUAUUUCUUUUUGCUGUUGUUUUGCUUUGUUUGGUUUUUUACAAGACAGGGUUUCUCUGUGUAGCCCUGGCUAUCCUGGAACUCACUCUGUAGACCAGGCUGGCCUCAAACUCAGAGAUCCACCUGCUUCUGCCUCCCAAGUGCUGGGACUAAAGGCAUGCACCACCAUCUAGCUACCUUUCUCAUAUUUCUAUGUAGCAAAUAAGCAAAUAGUAAAAGAUACCGAUA